AUCGUGUUUUUCAUUUUUUUGCAGCUUUCAGCUUGGACACGGAGCAGCCAGACUACGACCUGGACACGGACGACGAGGCCUUCGUCAACAAGCUAAAGAAGAAGAUGGAGAUCAGCUGCCUUCAGUUUGAGGAGAUGAUCGACCGGCUGGAGAAAGGCAGUGGUCAGCAGCUGGUGAGUCUCCCUGAAGCCAAGCUGCUGCUGAAGGAGGACGACGAGCUCAUCAAGGAGGUUUUCGACUACUGGAGCCGCAAGAGGAAAAACAGCAAGGCCAACUCCCUGAUCCCCACCGUCAAGCAGGAGAAGCGGGACGGCUCCAGCACCGGCGACCCGUACGUGGCGUUCCGACGGCGCACCGAGAAGAUGCAGACCAGGAAGAACCGUAAGAACGACGAGGCGUCGUACGAGAAGAUGCUGAAGCUGCGCAGGGACCUGAGCCGCGCCGUCACCAUCCUGGAGAUGAUCAAGAGGAGAGAGAAGAGCAAGAGGGAGCUGCUGCACCUCACGCUGGAGAUCGUCGAGAAGCGAAACUCCAUGUCAGACUUUGGUGGAGAAAUAAUGGCGGAGGUUCUGGCUGAGCGGGCGCUGGUGAGGCCGCAGAUCAUCCCCCUGGUUCCGCUCACCAAUCAGUACCGACACCAGGACCAUCUGGACUCCAAGGACUACAAGUCCAAGCCCGAGAAGGCAGAACCCCAGCGGCCGAAGAGGAGGUACGAGAAGAAGCCGAAGAUGUUGCCGUUGUCGUCGGGAACGGCCCACCACACGGGUCCGGUCGUGUUCAACGCCAAGGACCUGAACCAGUACGACUUCCCCAGCUCCGACGACGAGCCCUUCUCCCAGCUCCACUCAGGCUCUUCGGAAGCGGAGGAGGAGAACGACCCCGACGGCGCGUACGCGUUUCGCAGGAGAGCCGGCUGCCAGUACUACGCCGCCCGUCCGGACCUGGUGGGCAGCUGGCCGUGGAGCGGCGCCUGGGACGGCGGCCUGGCCGAAGCGCGUUUCCGCUACAGCCUCACUACGCUGACGGUUCCACGCCGCUGCCUGGGCAUGGCGCGGCGGCGCGUGGGACGGGGCGGCAGGGUGUUACUGGACCGGGCGCACUCGGACUCGUUCCACCAACUGGACCUGGAGACGCCCGACCUGCCGCCGCCCGCCUCUCCGCCUCCCUCGGCGACUUCGCGCUCGCCGGCGCUCGCCGGUACCUCAGAAACAAAUACCUCGGACAGAAGUUCCCCCCCCUCGGCGCCGCCCCCCUGCUCGGACCUCAGCCAGAUACUGUCUAAUAUAAAGUCGUGCCGCUGGAGGCACUUCAGACCUCGGACAUUACCACUACACGAGCUGGACAACGCCCAGCCGCUGUUCAGGAGGAUCAGUCGAGGCGUGAAGCGCCCGCUCGCCGCCUCAGCUGGGGGUCGGCCGUUCGGAUCGCAGCGUCCGGCCAGGGUGGUCCCUCCUCCCACACCCGUUGCUGCGUUCACAGCAGAACAGUACCAGCAGCAUCAGGAGCAGCUGUCUCUGAUGCACAAGCAGCAGCUGGAGCAGAUCCAGCAGCAGCACCAAGCCAACAGCACUGCCAACAGCACACAGAGCCUGGCGAACACGCUGGACGAGGCCAGCGCUCACUUCGCCGCCUCGGCCCUCGUCUCCGCCGAACAACUGCUGGCUCUGAAAACCAAGGACGAGCUGGCCCUGGGAGGCGGAGUCAACGGCAUCCUCUCCUCAGGUGUCUACAAGGGCUUGUCGCUCUCGAGCACAGCGUCCCCGUCCCCCGCCGCCCCGGCUCCACCCACCGCAGCCCCGACGUCCGCCUUGCUCCACCCCUGCUCCACCACCCUCGGCUCCGCCACCAGUAACAACAACGGCACAGCCCACCCCCCCGCCAACGCCGCCGCCGCCAACGCCACUCAGGUCCUGCUGGGAAACAACAACAGCCUCCGUUUGGCGAUCCCCGCCGGCAAGCGCAUCCACGCGCCGCGGACGCUGAGCGCCACCAUGUCGACAUCCGCCUUAAAGCUCGCCCACGCAGCAACCGCCAACUGUCAGAAGCCCAAGGUGGCUGCCUCCUCCACCUCCCCGCUGGACAUGGUGCCCAGGGAGAAUCUGGAGCAAGACAAGCCAGCACUGAACAGUCUGUCAGAGAACACAGUGGCCAUGGAGGUCACGUAGCCGCCGCUGCCGGCUGCGAGGGAAACGUCACCCAGCGGCGUUUUCUUUGUUUUCCUCUUUGUUUUUUUAAGGUGCUAUGCAUCAUUUUGUUUAGUCGUGAAUGCAAGUGGUGGCUGAAUGAGCACGGCAAGGUUGGGUUUCCACGGCAACCGUUUUGGGACUUAAUUGCAAUGCUCGUCUCGUACAAAUUUCUUUUUCUUCUCCCCUCCCAUAAUUUCCCCCCGUUUGUUAUUGUUAAUAAGAGAUCGUCUGUAAAUUCUUAAUAUGGCAAUUAUAUGUACAGUACAGCAUAUUUGUAAUAAAUACCCCCGCCCCACCUUUAAACGCCCCAAAAUCCCCCCCCCCCCCCACCCACCACCACCGCCCCUCGUUCUUGUAUAUAACAUUACUUGAAUACAGAAUUGUUCAUUUGUGAUGUUUUGCACUCGAGAUACAAAGUUAAAAAGAAAAAAAGAGAAAACGACAAACUGCGACUGGUGCAAAAAUAACGAGGAGUGAAAGUUGUACCACAGAAAAAUGUAUGUCAUCACAUGCAUGGUGCAGAACCUGCUGUUGGAUCUAUUUAUUGUGCCGUGUUUACAAAGUUAUUUCUCCCCACCUUCCCUCCCUGCCAUUCAUGUCAGUUUUUUUUUUUUUUUUUUUUUUUUUUUUGCUAAAUUUUAAA